AUGACGAGGACGCCUGCGCCUUGUGAAUCCUCAUCUGGCGGACAGAGCCCACCCCUCGAGAUCUCCCUGGCGCGCCUUGACCCGGGCACCCAGAAGAAGCCGGCAUCUUUUGCCGGCAUUGUUGCAACACAUCGUGCCAGCCAGCAGGCUGUCAGUGAUCAAUCGGACGACUAUGACGAGAGCGCCAUCGACGACGACGACUCGGACUCAGAUUGGCACUCGAUCAAGAGCAGCGAGUCCAGCCAAGACGACCGGAUAACAUUCACGCGUAUUCCUUCCAAGUCCGCCCUCACGUCUCAGCAAUCCCUUAUCAGCCUCAUGUUCGCGGGACAGCGCCAAGGUACGAAGGCCUCCAGCAGCCAUACGUCGCAGUCGACACCUGCGAUACCCCAACGUUCGCGGACUAUGCAGGCCAUAUCGACCAUGGCCAGCUCUCCCAACGACUCUGACGAGGAUCUCCAGAUGAAGAAGGGCAUACGCCCGCCUCAGCUGAAGCGCAUCAACGAGACCCCUCGAUCCCCUGUACAGCCCAUCACCGCCCAUAUGCAGCCUAUCCGCCCGCGUGCAAUCGUGCUCUCACCUCGCACCACACGCCUUAACAUGCUAGCGAAUGAGCUCACCGAGUCUGUUCGCCGCCAGCUGCUCUGGGAGAGGCAGCAGAAGACCUCGACAGCGAAUGCCGUGCUCAAGAGGCGACACACUUCGCACGACGUUGCCAACCUGAAGCAGUACCCUGAAAAGGUACACAUGAACAAGGAGGCUGCUGAGCCCUCGAUGGACUGGAACCGGUAUUUCAGCCGCGACACUCAGCGCGGCUACCACGCUCAGGGCUGGUAA